AUUUGGGUUUGUAGGUGUUUGAUUUUCCGGUAUUUAUUGCUUGUCAACAUUAAAUAAUUUAUAUAUUGCAAUAAGUGCAAAAAUGUCUGACGACGAAGAUAUUCACUAUGUUAAGAAACAAAAGACCGUACAUUAUGGUUCUCUGGAAGAAUCGGAGCGAAUUCGAAUUGCAGCUGUAAACUCGGAGCCUAACGAUGAUACUAAUAAAGAAAGUCAUAGUAUGUCCAGUGGACCGGUUCUCAUUGGAAAUAUACAUACAUCGAAUGAAUAUAUGGAACUGGAAGAUGAUAUGUCGAAAGAUCGUCAAGCACUCUUGGAAGAAUUUGAACGUAGAAAAAAAGCGAGACAAAUUAACGUGUCGACCGAUGAUUUUGAGGUAAAGAGAAAUUUAAGACAGUUGGGUGAACCGGUUUGUUUGUUUGGGGAAGGGCCUGCGGAUCGCAGAAAUAGAUUGAGAGAACUUUUAGCUAGUUUGGGUGAGGAUGCAAUAAAGAAAAAAGAGGAUGAUGAUAAAUCCACGCAGCUCGAUAAAGAUCCAGAAACUACUUGGUAUCACGAAGGUCCUGAAUCAUUAAGAAUAGCUCGUUUAUGGACGGCAUCUUAUUCUAUUCCUCGAGCAAAGCAAAGGUUAGAAAAUGCUAGGAAGGAAUUAGAAUUACCAGCAGCUACGAGAACUGCCAGACGACAAGAGUUGUUAAAAAAGCUGCAGGCAUUAACGAUAUAUUGUUCCCAAAUAGGAGAUACAAGGCCUAUAUCGUAUUGUCAAUUCAGUCCUAAUUCGAAACUACUCGCUACAGCAUCGUGGUCUGGCCUAUGUAAACUGUGGUCUAUGCCUGAUUGUAAUUUAGUACGUACAUUGAAAGGUCACGGCUGCAAUGUAGGAUGCAUUGUGUUUCAUCCUAAAGCGACUAUAACCGAAGAUAUAUUCGAGGAACAUGUGGGACGAACUUGCAUAUUAGCUAGUUGUGCGAGCGACGGUUCGGUUAAGCUUUGGGGUGGUGGAAAAGGUGAAAAACCUUUAGCAGAUGUCGAAGGACACGAGCCUAAUAGAGUGUCGAGGCUAGCAUUUCAUCCCUCUGGCAGAUUUUUGGGAACUUGUUGCUAUGAUUCCUCAUGGCGUUUAUGGGACUUGGAACAACAAGCUGAAGUUUUACAUCAAGAGGGUCAUACCAGACCCGUACACUGUAUAAAUUUUCAAAUAGAUGGUUCUGUAGCAGCGACGGGAGGGCAAGACUCGUUUGGAAGAGUCUGGGAUCUUCGAACUGGCAGAUGUAUUAUGUUCAUGGAAGGUCAUUUGAAAUCAAUUUUUGGCAUUGAUUUUUCGCCAAAUGGCUUUCACAUAGCGACGGGCUCGGAAGAUAAUUCUUGCAAGAUUUGGGAUCUGCGAAAAAGGUCUUGCAUAUACACAAUACCGGCCCAUCUGAAUUUAAUAGCCGACGUUAAAUAUCAGAAAGAGGAUGGUCAAUAUUUAGUGACGGGAUCUUAUGAUGGUACGGCAAAAAUUUGGUCGAAUAACACGUGGCAACCAUUGAAGACUUUACCGGGUCACGAUGGGAAAGUCAUGUCUAUUGACAUUUCUGGUGAUCAUAAAUUUAUAGCAACAAGUUCCUACGACAGGACUUUUAAACUAUGGGCACCAGAUACUUAAUUGUAAAUAUAAAUUUUCAUAUAAUCGACGAAAUUUCCAAAUCUGAAACACGUGUAAAAUAUUUUCAUCUAGAUAAAACA